UUGAGUCACAGCAAUCAGGGUAGGUACACUUUGGUCCCGGUGAUGAACGCCCAAGGCAGCAGAAGGGUUUCCCCUGUUUUAGGGUUAAGUGUUGAUGAAAAAGGGGAGAGAGUAAUAUGUAAGGUGCUCUAGACUUGGAAAGAACACCUCUUAUAUGCUUCAGUGGUCCACAGGGGUGGGAAACUGCGUUUUGUAGCUCCACCAGGCCGGGAGACAACGAGAACAGAGGGCCACUUUAUCCAGGGCUAGGUGGACUAAAAGCCAGGCUCAGUGAGCAGCACUUCCACCCGGGACCUCCAGGAUCCUCAGGAGGCAGAAGGGGUGGAUCCGUCCCAAGCAGGCCUCUCCGCCCUAGGCGGGUUGUCCCUCCGUCCAGAGGCGGACGGCUGUCGCCGCCGCGGGCCGCCAUGACGGAGUGGACGCUGCUGAAGCGCCUGCUGGACGCCGUCCACCAGCACUCCACCAUGAUCGGCCGGCUCUGGCUCACCGUCAUGGUGAUCUUCCGGCUGCUGGUGGUGGCGGUGGCCACGGAGGACGUGUACGCAGACGAGCAGGAGAUGUUCGUGUGCAACACCCUGCAGCCGGGCUGCGCCACCGUGUGCUACGACGCCUUCGCCCCCAUCUCGCAGCCCCGCUUCUGGGUCUUCCACAUCAUCAGCGUGUCCACGCCCUCGCUCUGCUUCAUCAUCUACACCUGGCACAACCUCUCCAAGCUGCCCCACCGCACGGGACACAGGCCCAGGGCCAGGCCCAGGCCGGGGCCCGACCACGUCCCCAGAGAGGCAGGGGGCCGGGAAGGCGCGAGGGACGGCGGGCAGGAGGCCUACGACCGGAGCUGCGACUCGGACAGCUGUUCCAUCCGCUCGCACAAGCACCUGGGUCACAGCGUGGCCGACGUGCUGGAGGGCCUGGUCGCUCAGGGCCUCCAGAAGCUGGACCCCGGGGAGGCGGGCCCCCCGGCCCGGCCCCAGCCUCAAGAUUACAGGGAGGCCGUCGCGGAGCCCCCGAGGGUCCCCGAAGGGGUCCUCUCCAAGUGUUACGUCUUCCACGUGUGCGUGCGGGCCGUCCUGGAGGUGGGCUUCGUGACGGCCCAGUGGAUGCUGUUCGGCUUCCGGGUGCCCGUGCACUUCCUGUGCCCGUCGGCGCCCUGCACCCAGCCGGUGGACUGCUACGUGUCCCGGCCCACGGAGAAGACCAUCUUCCUGCUCUUCAUGUUCUGCGUGGGGGUGUUCUGCAUCCUGCUCAACCUGCUGGAGCUCAACCACCUGGGCUGGAAGAAGAUCCGCACGGUGGCCAAGCUCCGGGAGACGGGGUCCUGGGAGGCUCGCCCCGCGAGGAGGGCGGGCUACGUGGCCUUACCCCCGGGAUGCCCCUCGCUCGCGUCCACGCUGGGCUUCAGGGACGUGACCAGCACCACGUCCCUCCCCACCCUGGACCUGGUGGUGGGGCACCAGCCCGACUGGACGUGCGCAGGGAACUGCACCCUGUUCGGGGCCACCGGGCCGGGCACGAAGGCCGAGCCGCGGCCGCCCGGGAGGCCAGAGGGUGUGAGGAAGGAGGGACAGCCGCUGAGGAUUAAGAGAGAGAACCGGGGACCCAAGCAGCACAGUGCUGAAGUGUGGAUAUGAGCAGGCACAAUUGCAAUCUUAACUGAAAUAAACUGCAAUUGUUGGUUGAUAAAAAAAUCUUAUUUUGACUACAAAUGAUGCAACAAUGGGUUUCCAAACCGGUGUUAGCCUUUAAAUAACAAAUUAAAUGGUAGAUAUGUCAAUUUAAGUUAAUAACCAAAGGAAAAUUAGAUAGAGGUCGCGGAAGAAUAUCAAAGCAGACGUGGACUGUAACAAUAUUCACUUGUGAUUUAUUGAGGCAAUAUAUGUAUUAAUAUAUUCAUUUAGAACAUCUAUAAAACGCCCCUCUGUAUAAAUUAUUCUACAGAAGAAGAAAAACAUGGUAAUGUACAGCCAGUCUUAGUUGGCAAGACAUUUAGUCACAAUAGGAAUACUGAGAAGAGACCGUUCAGGAUUGAAAGGCAAACAGACAGAGGUAAAGUGUUGAAGGAGAUAGAGUGUGGAUUAAGUGCUAAUUUCAUUUGAAGGCCAAAAUUGG